AUUAAUAGUAACACGUAUAGCUCAGCAGAGCAGACCGUGCAGCGAAGCGAUAACGGUGGACAAUAUUUACCAUUUUAGUUAUCUGUUAAACAAACUACAAACAUGCCACCGCCGGGAACAGCGCAGGUAAAACCCCCAGUAUCCGAGGCGAAAAGGAAAGCUGUACACGAGGACACUCUUAUAUUCAACGCCGUUAAAAGUUACUUCAAAUAUGCAGGAGUUGUUCUGUCGGUAUGGGGAUUUGGAUACUUUUCCUUCAGUCCCAGUUGGCUUCUACUUGGUCUUGUCGUCUACAUUUGGAAAGAAAAGAAUAAAAAGACUCAAAAAUUACAAAUAGCCAUCGCCCAAGAAGCUGCUCGAGGAGAAAAGGAAACUAUUUUAGCAAGAGUUGAAGAUUUGCCAUCUUGGGUGUUUUUCCCUGAUGUUGAAAGAGCUGAAUGGCUGAACAAAAUGAUUGAUCAACUAUGGCCAUAUAUUGGUGACUACGUUAAAGAUCUUCUACAUAAAUCUAUCGAACCCGCAAUCAAGAAAAGUUUGCCAGCAGCCAUUGCAACCUCAUUUAGAUUCUCACAGAUUGAUUUGGGUGAUAUUCCACCAAGAAUCGGAGGAGUUAAAGUUUACACUGAAAAUGUCCGACGUGAUGAAAUUUACAUGGACUUGGAAAUUAUCUAUAGCAGUGAUUCAGAGAUAACUGUUGUAGCUAAGGGAAUCAAUGCUGGUAUUAAAGAGCUUCAGAUCCAUGGAACAAUGAGAGUAAUAUUUAAACCAUUGAUCAGUCGAAUACCUUUGUUUGGUGGACUGAGCGUUUUCUUCAUCAAUAAUCCUACAGUUGAUUUUAAUUUAACCAGUUUGGCAAAUGCCUUUGAUUUACCAGGAUUAAGUGAUAUGCUUAAGACCAUCGUACAAGAACAGAUAGCCAACAUCAUGGUAUUGCCUAAUCGUAUACCAAUCUCUAUGGCCAAGGGACUAGAUCUCAAUAAAUUACGGUAUCCACAACCACAGGGUGUACUACGUAUCAACAUUAUAGAAGCCAAGGAAUUAAAGAAAGCAGAUAUCGGAUUAGGGGGAAAAGGAAAAUCUGACCCCUAUGUCAAAUUUACUGUUGGUGCACAGAAGUUUUCAACAAAGGUUAUUGAUAAUACAGUGGAACCUGUUUGGAAUGAGUUUUAUGAGGCAAUUAUUGAUGUAGCUAAUGGUCAGUUACUAACAUUAGACGUCUUUGAUAAAGAUCCUGGCAACAAAGAUGACCCUCUUGGAAGUUUAGCUGUUGAUAUCAGUCAAGUAUUUUCUGAAGGUGUCAUGGAUGAGUGGCUUCCAUUAGAAGAUGUUAAAAAAGGUUUGGUUCAUCUUAAUCUUUGCUGGCUCCACCUGGCUAAUGAUCCAUUGGAAUUGGACAGGGUUAAAUCAAGAAAAGAGAUGGAAUCAGAGAAAAAAACAGAUGACCGGUUCUCUUCAUGUAUACUACUAAUUAAUCUGGACUCGGCUCGUGAUCUACCACGUGGUAAAAGGAGCUUGAAUGAGCCAUCUCCACACUGUUUCCUUUCUGUUGGUACAGAAACCAAAGAGAGUUGGAUCAAAUAUAACACAGUUGAACCAAGAUGGGAACAGAAUUUCAGAUUCCUGAUCCACAACCCUAAUUAUCAAAAUCUUGAUGUUGAUGUUAAAGAUAAAAAUACUGGUAAAACUCUAGGAGUUUGUACUCUAAAAUUGAGGGAAGUACUUGGAGCAACAAAUAUGGUUGUUGAUCGUAAAUUCCCACUGAAACAAUCCAAUAGUAACGCAUAUAUUAACAUGAGAUGUACUCUGAGGGUUUUGACAACAACAGAUAAUCCAGAAUGGCGAGAAGAGAAAGAUCUGAUUGAAGAAGUUGCAGAAGCUGUCACACCUACACUAUCUGAACAGGAAGGCACAUCUGUAGAUAAUGAAGGAACAUCAGGCGAGGGCACAGUAUCUUCCUCAAACGUUGAAAAGGCAGAGAAAAAAGAAGUGAUUAGAUCUGCUCCUAGUAGUAAACCAUUGGAAUCAACAGUACGUCAACGAAAAAACACAUCGUCUGCUGAUGAUGGUAAAGGAGCCCAUGGUUUAGGAAGAAUACAGCUGACUUUACAAUAUAUGGCACAGAAAAACAAACUUAUUAUAAUAGUACAUAAAUGCUCGAAUCUACAGGCAUUAGAUAGUAAUAAUCUGUCUGAUCCUUAUGUCCGUGUCUACUUAAUGCCGGAGAAAGUUAAACGUAAAACAACUGUUGUUAAAGAUAAUCUUAAUCCUGUAUAUGAUGACACGUUUGAGUUUCCAGUGAGUCCAUCUGAAGUGUCGGGUAAACUGGUGGAAUUGGCUGUAAAGAACCAAGUUGGUGUUUUUUCAUCAGGUCAGAAGAUGAUGGGAGUAACAACGAUAGAUCUGGCUAAUAUGAAUAUCAACAAAGCCCUAACAAAAUGGUUUGACUUGCAACCUGAAGAUUCAGUUGUACGUGUUUCUUUGGAAACAGAGGUUUAAAAAUUCAAAAGAAACAGAAUCGUCCAUGGAAGUUUGAAUAAAAAUGGUUUAAACCGAUCAGGGUUUUGUAGGAAGAAGUAUUUUCGGAAAGAUUUUAACUGGAUAUUUUAAUUGUGUUACGUAAUCAUAUUUACAAGUAUCAUAUUAUUAUUAUUAAUAAUAGUUGUUUAUAUUAUUAAUUAUUAUUAAACAAAAAUACUCUCUUUUCUGUGUGCUCGAAAAAUACUAUUGCAUAAUAUAUUAGCAUUAUAAUGCCGCUAGAGUUUCUUGUACAUUUAUAGAUCCAGAAUUUAAAGUGUAGCUUUGCCAUAUUUUAAUAUCAUAUAUUUACAUAUUUAUAACGGAAUGAAAUGUGUAGACACAACGAGUUAAAUAUCUGAUUUUAUAAAUUAUAUAUGGAAUCAGGGAAAGUGAUUUUUAUCUUAUUCUGACUUUAUGAGAUUAAUUAAACAAAAUUGUAAGAAAACAUUUUUUGAAAUUCUGAAUUGGCACCAUGAACUCGAUUGUAUGCAUGAGAUUAAUUGAAAGAAAGAAAUUCUUUCCAAAUUUUUAUAACAGCAUAUUGUAGUGACAUGUAUAGCAAGCAAUGUGUUAACUGUUUACUGUUAUUAUUAUUAGCAAGCAAGCUGUGUAUCCUGCCAUUGUUAUUUUUACAUAGUGUCUUACAAUAUUGAGCAGAUUGCAAAGACUAACUGCUGUUUAUUUUGUUUUCAUGGUUCAGAAUAAUAGUUUAAUUUACUUUUUUUUUUAAACUAGAUUUUGCAUAAAUUACUUAUUCACUGAAAACCACAAUACAUAAACCUCUGAAAAUAAUGACUAUGAGAUAUAAUGUAAUGGACAGUGUAGUAAGUCUGUCUUGUUAAUUUGUGAAUGCUAAAUGCUAACAUAUCUAGUAAGUUUAUUAUUGAAUUUCAUUUAUGAAUCUUUUAUUGUAUAUAUAAUUUCAGAUUUUUAUUAGCUAUGGGGUUGUGUAGUGACGUUUAGUUUUUACUUUUUUAUCAGAUAAUAUAUUUUAUUAGGGAUUAUUUUUUUAUCGUAUACACUGGGGUAUGUCAGGAAGAACUGUAUUUUGGUGGUUUAUUGGAGCUAAAUGGGACAAGAAUCAAAGAGAGUGGACGUAAUUGACAUACAGUGUAUAUGAUAAAAUGAUAACCAUGUAGUAGCCUACCACAUAAAAAUUAUUGUUUAUCGAUUUGUGAAAAAUUAUUGUUUAUAAAGUGCUACAAUUUUCACAUUUUAUUUUAUUAGUUUGUGUAUUUAGAAUGGUGUAUUAAUUUUGUUUUAGGGCUUAACUUGGAAAUCAUAUCAUACUAUUUAAUUCUCUGUAAUAAAUAUGUCAAUGCUAUUAUCCCAAACUUUAUCUUCAGAUAUAAUUCAUAUAUCCAUUCAUGUUUGUUAAUCAGUUACUUUGUAUUUUAUCAUAAUGAAAAUCUUUGUCUGUCUUAGCUUUCAAGGAAGGAUCAGUGAGUAAGGCUUUGGCUCGCUAACCUGAAGGUCCUGGGUCCGGCCAAGAAAGUUCUUCUGGAUUUUCUGGAUGGUUCCCCUUUGUCAGUGGUAGGAACAGCAUCUAGUCGUUUGGAUUGGAUGAAAAACAUGUUCUGUGUAUACCUUGACAUGCACGUAAAAGAAUCCUUGACAGUUGGAAUUCGAAAUAAGAGUAGGCUGUAGUUCUGCUGUCUGGGUAAAAUGUCCCUCAUGGCACAGUCUAUGCCAGUCUGCAUUAGCCCAGAUGGAGCAUAAAUGUAGGACAUUAACCCCCAUUUCAUUUAACUUUCAACUCUGAAAUUAACAACUGAAUAAUUAAUGUAUACACAGAAAUCGUUCAUUAAGAUUGUGAGGAGUGUUAAAAUCUAUAAUUUAUGAAUCUAAUAUUGUGUAUUGUCUUUUAUAUGUCUUUGUUCCUUUAUAAAAGUCUUUCAUCAGCUGUUAAUAUACUUAUUAAAAAAUACUCAAAAUAUGUGUUAUCUUCCCAUAUUCUAUCUUUUAUUUCUUGAAAUUAUUCACCUAAAAAUAUCAUUGUUUGUUUGAUUGCUAGUUUAGAAAUGAUUAUAACAAAUCGGGUAGAAUUCUGUUAACAAUAAUCAUAUUAGAUAUUAUAAUUUGUUAUACCUUCUUAUAGAGAAUUAAAUAAUUUUACACCAUUA